AUGAUGAAUCUCGACGAAAUCUCGUUCACACCCCCGCAAUGGCUCCUCAUUUAUUACUUCUCGGCCGGAUUCGUCAGUGUUCUGAUCAGCACGUUCUGCGUUUAUUUGAUUCUUUUUCGCAGUGUAAAGAUUGGCAAUUUCAAGUAUUUUCUGCUUUGGUUUAAUGUACUUGCAGCCGUUUUGCAUACCGCUUUUUGCAGGCUCAAAUUUGCAGAUAAGUUGCGCGGUGACCGAUGUGAGUAUGACGAUUCUGCUCCGACCGGUGGCUCUUCUGCCCAUUUGGGCCUUGUAUUCAGUCGGUUAUGCGUGGAAGUUGCUUGGAAUUCCGUUCCGAGAGACUACUGUAAGUUCCGGUAACUUUAAACUUGAAAAAUAUAGCCAACCUUCCAGUUAUUCUUCGUUUUCUGGGUCGGCGAACAGUUCGCCGCGUUGGUCUGUUGCUUUUUGUACAAACAUCAGACGAUCAGCCAGUUGGGCAGCAAGUUGAUAUUGUCCAAGUCCGUGUUCACCUCUGCAGUCGUUUCCUUUCAAUUCGCCAUUUCCGCCUUCGUCGUCUUCUUUUUCUACGUUCAAAACGAUCAGGAAACGGCUUUGCGAAUCGCUCAUCAGGUUGGUCACUUUGUGGACAUUUGACCCACUUGCGAUUACCUGAUCGAGUGCAAACUUUGCAGGCUUUUUGGGCUUAGAUUGAAGUCUUUUGGAUUGGGUCAUUUAGUCUGUGGAUCACACUUGAAUCCAAGUCCAAGAAGCCUGCGCAAGUUUGGGCUCGAUAGGAUAAUCGCAAGUCGGUCAAAAGUCCAGGCCUAGAUUUUGUGCAAUAAAAACGCUAAACUACAAAGUUGUAGAGCAUCAAAUUCUCUAUCGAUUCGUAUAUUUAAUGCUCAAAAAAAAACUGAAAAUCAAUGGAGAAAACCAAACAGUUCAGAUCUAUCCCUCAUUGGCUUACGAGUUCGACUCUCUGCAAUCGUUUCAAUUGUUCGCCGAAAACAAAAACUAUCCGUUGUUCCUCGCGUUUUGCGUUUUUGCGGGAACCAUUGUGGUGCUGGCGGUCGGCGGUCUCACCUGGCACAUGAUUCACAUUCUGAACGGAAAUCGACGCAAAAUGUCGGGCACCAACUUUCAGAGACACAAAAACGCGGUGAACAGUUUGGUGGCGCAGGUGAGUGUCUAUUCAAAUUUCAAUUAAACAUUCUCAUUUCCCGUUUCUAACCUCAUCAUUGGCGCUGAUUCCACCGCUCAUUUGCUUCAUUGUCGUCAUUUUGGAGCCGAUUUAUUCGCAAGGUUCUGGAGAGUGAAGUGUUUCGAAAAUCAUUCAAGUUAUUUCAGAAAUUUCCUACCUAAUGUGUGCCGUGUUCUCUUCUCAUUCGACUAUCAACUGCCUGAUACUGAUUGCCACGUCACCAGCGUACCGUCGGAUUUUCACGAAAAGAAAACCGAGCUCGAACAGUUCUCCGUCGGUUUUCAUGAAAGUCGCGUCAAUGUCUCACGGGUGA